AUGCAGUCUCUCACUCCCCAGAGACAGAAUAUAGGAUGCGCAAGAAGUCCACGAAUAACGCGCUGGGGCCCAGAAAGCCAGACAGCACAACUAAAUGGUCUGAAGACUGCCAUUACAACAGCUAUGACGCCUGAACAGGUCGAUGCUUAUGCCCUUUGCUUUCGAAUCGAGGAGCUUGGCCAGAAAAUCCGUGCUGGUGACCCUGCACCAAAAUAUGACUCAAAAAGAUCGCCCUCGCCGACACCUGAGUACGACGAAACUGGCCGCCGCAUCGACACCCGCCAGAGUCGCUACCGCCACCGUCUGGAGGAGGAAUUUCAAGCAUUACUCGAUGCCGCCUCGAAAACUGUCCGAAGCUACCAGAUACCUCGUGACUACCGCAAGUUUCAGCGCUCCCUGAUCACUGACAAAGUCUAUAUCCCGGUCAAAGACUUUCCCGACGUCAAUUUCAUCGGCCAGAUUCUCGGACCCCGCGGCCAAAGCCUCGCCGACAUGAAUAAGCAGUCUGGGCCCAACAUCGUCAUCCGAGGCAAGGGCUCAAAAGUGAAUGACGCCAAGAAGCUCGUCAGCGAAGUGAUCGAGGCUGCCGCCUCCGCGCCCGAGGACCAGAACCAGCGAAAGCGCGACCAGCUUCGCCUGCUGGCCGUCAUGAACGGGACCUUCCGCGAUGACGAGCGCCGGGCCUGCAAGAACUGCGGCCAGACAGGCCACCGUCAUUACUUUUGCACAAUGCCUUCGAGAUUCGUAGCCAGCAUCACUUGCCUCUCCUGCAAGGAAAAAGGCCAUGUUACUCGCGAUUGUCCACAAAAGAGCACGGGGCAUGUGAAGUUGCCGCCAUGGAGGGAGCGAAGGUUGGAUCAACGGCUUAAGGCCAUUGAUCACGAUGACGAAUUUGAACAGCUCAUGUUGGAGAUUGGGAACUAG